AUGAGUCAAAAAAUUCAAUAUAUGGUCACGAAGAAUACCAAGUUUGAAACAACGUUGGCACGCUAUUUAAUAUCUGAUGCUUACAAUCAACUAAUUGGUUAUGAUGCCUGUAUCGAAAAACAAGGAAAAACUAUCAAAUAUCGUUUAAUUGUAUUAGGUUUAGAAUCGCUUUAUAUGACGGAUAAUCCACCAAAGUUUAUUCAAUUGGAACGACCCUUUAUUUAUUACAGAGACAUUGUUAAAGCCGAAAUGAUUGACGAUUAUCCUGACUUUUUAUCUGGUACGGAAAAAGAGAAUGCAAUUCAUAUGAGAUUGAAAGUAAUGAUGCCAAAGAAAAAACGGAAAAAGAAAGAUCCUAGUGUUGAAGAAAUGGAGACAAUACCGUGUUUGUUUGAUAAACCGAUGCUCGAUAAUAUAACAGAUUAUAUGGAUGAAUCAUUGAAUUACUUGAAUCCCUCUCGUGAUUUAUACAAUGGCCCAUUAACUAAAUUAUUGGCAGCCAUUCCAUUAUUGUUAUCAUCAUCUAUUCAAGAUGAUAAUCCUACCAAUGAUCAAUCAGCACAAUUAACAUCACGUUCAAUUGAACCAUUGAAUUUGUCCGAUUUAGUACCACCCUUGAGUUUAUCGGAUGAAUUCAGAGAACAAUUACAACGCUUGGAUAUUACAGAUCGAUCACGUGUUCAAACAUUAUUUGAUUCACGAGUCACUACCAUCACACCACGAUCAAAAUCUGCUCGUUCAUCGAAAAAGACAAAAUCGACAUCAUCAACGAGUCCAAAAUUCAAUCGAUAUUCAUUGAAAACAGUUUAUGGUAAUAGUACAUUAUUAACACCACGUAUUCAAAAGACAAUGUUAUCAGAUACAUCUGUUGGAGACGAGAUUUUUCUCACUCCACACACCUCACGUUCAAUUCUAUCAACUACAACAUUAUUGUCAAAUACUUCGCAUAAUCCAACAAUAUAUUGUCCAACAAUUGAAGAAGUGAAAAGUCUUGAUAAUGAUGCAAAAGAGAUGCGUGAUAUUGAUAUUUAUUUUCUUGCAAACGAUUCUAAAAUUCCUGAAAUAUUGAGUUCAGCGUUGAAUAAUUAUAUUGUGAAUGCUACUUUAACAUUUGAUCGUAAUCAGCAAAAAAUACCUUUACAAAGUUAUAACUCUCAGGACAUAAUAAUUAUGAAAACAAAAUUUUCCCAAUUAAAACAAGAAAUAAUGCAGUCAACAAUUGAUAUCGAUCGAUUACUUACACUUACUAUUGAGCUACAUGAUGCUAUUGAAAAAUAUCCAAAAGUAAAAGAAUUAUUUUGGAAGGAUCAAGAUUUAUUUAUUUAUUAUACAGCACAUUUACAAACAUGCAUUGAAAAUAUUGAAAACAAAAUUCAUUAUUCAUUAGAAGAUGAUGAAGAAGAAUUACAAAUCAAAUUAGGAUUAUCUGUCAUGACUUUACUUAAUCAAGCAUUUCUGAAUACAUUUGCAUUACAAGAUAGAUUUUUAAGAUUAGAACAUAAUCGGUAUGUUUAUUAG